UGUUCACCUCUUUUUUCAGUGGUCACCCCGAACGGCACGGUCGUCCCCAACACCAAUUACCCACUCAAGCGGGUCUUCUACGGGAUGGCCUACGUGCCCAUGAACGCCCAGCUCCCGGACUGCUACAACACUCAACAGACCGUGGACGACGAACUCCAGCUCCUGGUCCAGACCACCCGACGGGUACGUCUCUACGGCACGGACUGUCAUGUCCUCCAGUACACACUCGAUGCGAUCCAACGGCUAAAAUUGGAUCUAAAGGUCGUCGUGGGUAUCUGGAUCGAUCAGGAUAAUACGACGUAUACACGUCAACGGGAUGAAUUCUUCAAUGUGGUAACAACCUAUGGCUGGAACGACAUCAUCGGAGUGAGUGUCGGAAACGAGGUGAUGUUCGAUAGUUACCAGCCGCUCGAGGUCCUGAUGGCCCAUGUGACAGAAGUCAAACAGAAGGUCGUCAGUCUGGGACACCCAGAGAUCCCAGUGUUCACAUCGGAUCUGGAGAGUGCGAAUCGACCGCCGUUGACGACGAUCGAGGAUCGGGCAGGAGUGAAUUUGCAUCCGUUCUUUGCGGGCGUGCCCGUUGAGGAUGCGGCGGCUUGGUUCUGGAAGUAUCUGGUGGACGUGACCAAUAACGUGAAUGCGGACAAUGCCACACCGAUCGAGCUCUGGAUCACGGAGGUGGGCUGGCCGACCUUCCCGACCGGCUCUAACACCAACGCAUCGAUCCCCUCGAUCCCGAAUUUGCAGACCUUUGUCGACACCUGGCUAUGCGACGCGAACGCAAAGGGAACUCCCUAUUACUUCUUUGAGUUCUUUGAUGCGCCCUGGAAGAUCUGGCCCGGCUCGGCCAUCGAGGGCUUCUGGGGUCUCUUGACCAUCGACAAGAAACUCAAGAUCAAGCUGCCGGAUUGUCUUGCCAGCUAAAAAAAAAAAAAAAAAAAAAAAAAAAAACGGGAAACGCAAAUUGCGACCCGCUCUUUUUUUUUUUCUUUUUUCUUUCCUUUUUCUUUUUAUAAAUGUUCGCAUGUUCGCAGAUAUCCCGCUUAGCACUUCAUAAUAACAAGGUCUUUCUUCCAGUCCCUUUUAUCGCCAUCAUACAACCCACGAAAUAAUAAGCAUCGCAAACCUCCU